AUCUUAAUUCACUCGUCUUAAAAGGUAACAUUGCCUUUUUCCGAUGUAUAAAAAAAGGUAACGUUGAGGUACCUUGAUAUGUAUGAGAUUGCUAAUUAGAGUUUACAGAACCAACAUGGAUUCUUUCCAAAACCUUCAGCCAGCCAUUUCCUGAAUUCAGAGUUCAGACCCAGCUAAUCAACCCCAGUUUGGUUUCCUACGUGCAUUGUUCAUAGCUAGCUAAACAUGGUUUAUUCUGAGAAUGAGAGUAUUGAUGAGACUAAGCAGAGGCUUCUCUGCACCAAGCUUGAUCUGAUAACAGCAAGAAUGGAAGUUAAUAAUGAGAUAAAGAAAUAUGAGGAGACAGUUAAGCGCUUAUACAAGCUCCUAAAGAGAGUUUGCCAAGAAAGAGAUGAAGCAAGAGACCAGCUUCAAUUGCUUGCAAGAAAUUAUCAACCAUCUACAGAAAGCAGUACUAUUCCACAAGCUGAUCAUUCUAUGAACAUCCAAUACAAUUCAAAGGUGAAAAGCACUGAGGUAUCAGAUAUGAGUUCCAUGGCAUUCUCAAAUUGCUAUGAUUUAUCCUUGUCAAAUGAGAAGCAUUUUUUAGCAGAAUCAAGCAAUUACUUGGCCUUACCAAAGCAACCAAAUCAUCAAAAUUACCAGAAUGGGACAAUCAAGGCAGAUCAUAGAGUUGCUUCAAGGGAUAACAAGGUAGAUGGUGCUUCUCAUGUGAUUGAUAAACUUGCUGGUGGGAAACCUUUGCCUCAAAAGGGUAGAUUGCUACAAACUGUGACAAAAGCUGGACCUUUGCUUCAUACACUUCUAGUUGCUCCACUUCCACAAUGGAAAAAUCCUCCUCCACCUUCAACUUCCUCUGACCUUCAACUCAGUCGCUUUCAAAACAAUGAUUCCUUAUCUACUGAUACUGAUAACAAGGCAAGUGUUGAUCCAAAUUAUGGGUUUGUUCCAACAUCUUUAACUCUGGCAUUUCCUGGGAAUUAUCAUGGUGGUUCUGGGUUGUCAGUGAAGAAUGAACGAAUUUCAUAUGCUGCUUUGGAUUCAAAUGUGGUGCACAACAAUCAUACAAUAGCAGUGAAAAAGAGAAAGUUUUUGUGAGUCUAGAUGCUUUAUUCUUCUUUUAUGUAUCGUAAUUAAUCAGGCUUGCUUUUGUGAAAUAGAUAUAUAAGAGUGAACUAUAUGAAUAACUUAGCAAGGCUUGAUUGUUGCGCUGCCUUCUUGAAUUUUGUCAGAUAGGUAAAUGGUGUGAUGUACACAGAAGUAUAUAAGAAUUUUGAAUUUUGAAUGAUAGUGAAUAUCCAUGGUUGAAAA